AAAGGGUAGCUACUGGAAUGAUUACAAAACUGACAAUGGGAAUAAUAUAAAUAGGGUUUUAGGGAUGACUGAGAUUUCGCAUUCUCUCAGGUAACAUAUCGAGGGAGCUGAGUGAAUAUGCAGAUUGUUAAUGAGCCCAGAGUACUAGGGUUUGGAGUGCUUUUGGUUGUUGUCAUUGCACUGUUGAGCCCAUCAUUGGUUGCUGGGCUCAAAGAUGAGCAUGACAUUGCUGGGUUUAGUGCUAAUGAUAAUGUCCACAAUCUGACUUCCUCUGAUGACCAUGCUUUAGUCAAGAGUAACUACAAUGGAGGUGGAAGUAGUGGAGGCGGUGGUGGUGGCGGAGGUGGAGGAGGUGGUGGGGGAGCGAGUGGAGGUGGGGGAAGUGGCCAGGGAGCAGGGGGAGGGAGUGGUGGAGCGAGUGGAGGUGGAAAAGGUAAGAGUAAAGGUAAAGGCCAUAAGAAAAAAGGAAAGGAAAAUGGCAAGGGUAAAAGAAAUGGCGGUGCAGGGGCUGGUGGAGGUGGAGGAGGAGGAGGUGGUGGUGGUGGUGGUGGAGGGGGUGGAGGAAAUGGCAAUGGCCAUGGAAGUGGUGGAGGAAGCGGUGGCGGGGGUGGUGGGGGAGGAGGUGAAAAUGGGUUGAAGGACUACCCUCACUCUUAUUGA